AUGUCAGAUCAGCUCAAUAAUGGAUUAAAACCACUCUCUGGUUUUGUUAUAUGUUGUACAUCAAUUCUCUCUGAAAUUAGGGUGGAUUUGGCUUUGAAAGUGCUGAAAUUAGGUGCUAUUUAUGUGCAAGAUUUGACAUCUCAAGUAACACAUUUGAUUGCGGGUAAAUUAAAUACACAGAAGUACAAAUAUGUUGCAAUGUAUAGAGUAGAUGUGAAAAUUAUGCAUAUUGAUUGGAUUUUUGAUAUAUAUAAACAAUGGCUUAAGGGAGAUGAUAUUAGUCUUUUGGAGUACGAAAAAAGAUAUAUUCUUCCUCCAUUUUAUAAUUUGUUAAUUUGUGUUACAAAUAUUUCUAUAGAACAUAGGGAAGAAAUAGAGCAAAAAGUUAUAGAUCUUGGGGGAAAAUAUACACGUGAUCUGACAAGAGACACUACUCAUUUAAUAACGAGUAAUCCAACUGGAAAAAAGUAUGAAUUUGGUGUUAAAUGGGGUAUUAAAAUUAUUACACCUGAAUGGUUUUGGCAAAGUAUUGAACGGGGAGCCUGUUUAGAAGAGCGUUUGUUUGACGUUCAUAUGGCGCCUAAUGAGGUUGGGAAAGGAGCAUGGUUUCCAGCACAAGAAAAUGAGAAAGAUGAAGAUAAACAAAUAUCUUUGAAGAGAAGAAUUAAGAAAAUCAAACUUGAUCUUAGCCAUCAAGUUUGGAAUAAUAUAGUAAAUGAGGGAAAUUAUUUAGAAAAUAAUACUUUUAAAGAUAACAAUGAUUUUAUACCUAUUCAUACGACUCCGGAGAUGGAAAAUAGUAAAGUGAAUGGAAUGUUUCGGGGAUUAUAUUUUUAUGCAUGGGCUUUUGAUAAUAGAAAGACAGAAAUUCUUCAAAACAUAAUUAAAUCACAUGAUGGUACAUGGUGUAAAACGAUUCAAGAUUUUCCUGAUGAACCUGUUCAUAUAUAUAUAAUUGUUUCUCAUGACCUUCCGAGAUCUAAGUUUAUAGACAUUCCCAGGGGAUUCUUUGUUACAGAAUGGUGGAUUGAAAGAUGUUUACACAACAAAAAAUUCAUUGAUCCAUCUGAACAUCUUCUUUGCUCUCCUUUACCUUGCGAUUUCCCAUUAGAAGAUAUGAAAGAUUUUUCAAUAUGUCUUACUGGAUUUUCUGGAAUAGAUUUGAUGCAUAUUAGUAAACUUAUUGUCUUAUUAGGUGCAAAUUAUUAUGAAAGUCUCAAUAAAAAAAGAAAUUUACUUAUAUAUAAUAUUAAUUCUGAAAAAAGUAAAAAAUACAUAAAGGCGAAAGACUGGAAUAUAAGAAUAGUAUCUCAAAAUUGGUUAUGGGAAGUUGUGAAACAAGGAAAUGUUAUUAAUUUUGAUGAAUGGGAAAAAAAAAAUGAGUUUGAAAAUAGAUUAGAUGGUGUAGAAACCAAUAAUUAUGAUGAUCAUCAAUCCAAAAUAUUAGCUGGAUCUGUUCUAUACUUCUAUAGUAUAAAAGAAACGACUUAUAUGAAUGAAAUGCUAAUUCUAGCGAGAAAAUUAGGUGCAAAAAUAUCCAAAAGACUAGAUAAUUUUGUUACUCAUAUAAUCUGCGAUGAAUAUUUCUUGAAUAUAAAUGAACAAACAGAUAUUUUCAUUAAAAAAUGUAAGGUUGUGUCUUCUAAAUGGCUUUUAGAGUGUCAAAAACAUAUGAAAAGGUUAGAUGAACAAGAUUUCUCUAAUAUACGAAAUAUUGAGAAAAUAAUUAAGGAUUUUGGCUAUGAGAAUUUAGAUAUUAUGGAAGGAAAAUAUGAUAUCAAAGCUACAAAUAUGAAUUAUUUACCAGAUUUAUUAAAAGACAAUAGUUCUGAAAAAAGAAAAAAAGAAAAAAUUAAGGGAAGAUCAACUAGUUUAUCAAUUAUAUCUACAAAUACUCCUAUAAUUAGUAGUACGCAUAAAAAUGAUUCUGACGUAUUUAAUAAAAAUAAAAUUAUUCAGUCUGAAUAUGUAAAAUACGAGGAUUUUGAUGCUUUGUAUGAAAAAAUGCAAGUACUUGAGAAACUUAAUAAGAUAUAA